ACCGUUCCUCUCUCUCACAGGUUCUCUGGAGUCUCUGGUAAUGGCGGAAACCUCUGCCUUGUGCUUCUCCAAUUUCUCGUCUCAUAUAACGAUUUAUCGCAAUCGGAACGCCAAUUCCCCUCCCUCCGCCGCGAUAUCCCUAAGAUUCUCUCCGUUUUCUCGCGCUCCGCCGUCUCGCCCGCCGCGGUUCGCAGCUAUGGCCUCGCAUUCCGGUAGCUUCCCCGAUGACGAUCUCUUCAGCUUCUUCCCGUGGUCCGCCGGAAAUAACGACAUUGAAUGGGUUCCCGAGGAAAGAGUGACGCUUUUCACUUCCGAUGGGCUGAUUCAGAUUGGGGGCAACAUGGUUCCACGGCGUAUCAGGUCAUCCGAUAAGAAACAAUGGAGAUUAAAGACCCCAGAAAGAUUUCAAAGGUUCCAAGAAAGUGACUACAUGGAUCCACACCAGGGUCUAUGCCUCGGAGCUCUGUUUGACAUUGCUGCAACAAAUGUAAGGAAUUCUUCGUCGGGCAUGUUGAACAAGAAAAACACUUCCAUUGUAGCGUAUCAUCUUAUGCAAUACUCGAUGCAUUUGCCACAGGGACUAGAUGCAGGGAGAAGGCUUUGUAUUUUGGGGUUCUGCCGCUCUAUCGAGAUGCUUAGCGAUGUUGUCGAAGACACUGUUUUAGAACAUGGUGGAGAGAUUGUAGCAUCGGAAAAGGAGAGCAAAGGAGGAUUACACGAAAAGCUGACGAUGACAGUGGCUGUACCGUACCUUUGGGGCGUCCCUCCGGCCUCGGAAACGCUACAUCUCGCCGUUCGAACCGGAGGAGGCAUCGUGGAGAAGGUUUACUUGCAAUGGGAUUUCUUGUGAGUGAACACUAAUCUCAUCCUCCUCGAUUCUUUUUUUAUGAUCGGACUUUGUAUAUAACCAUUCUUUGUUCCAAGUCUGUGAUAUACUGUACAUAACAACGAUCACGUUAUUAUGCAAUAUUUAAUACCGUAAAUGCCAAAUGUACCCUUGACUAAA